AUGGCUCGCAGCUACCUAGCGUGGCUGGCCACCGAGGCCAGGGAAACGAAACACCCGUAUUCGGGACGAAAACAGAAGGAGGGUUACGCUCGAGUAAGCAUAAUCCGGAAACUGACCGCCCUCCGCUGUUUCUACCAGUUUCUAGUGCAGCAGGGCUUGUUCAAGCACAGCCCGGUGCCUUCGGGACGCAGUCUCCAAGUCAAAAUGGAGAAACCUCUCCCCUCUUUUAUUGGCAAGCAGGAAGCGGUAAGGCUGCUCGAAACUCCGGACGAGGAAACCCUUUUCGGUAUUCGGGACCGUGCUAUUCUUGAGGUGCUUUACUCCUGCGGUGUCCGCUUGGCCGAGAUUGAAGGAAUGGACUUGCCGGAUCUCAAAUUAGCCCAAAGGCAGAUACUGGUGGAAGGCAAAGGUUCCAAGGAGCGGUGGGUGCUUUACGGUCAGCCCACUUCUGACGCGUUGCAAAAAUAUAUGGGAGAAGUCAGGCCGCAACUCAUGGACGGACCCAGCGAGGCGCUCUUUCUCAACCGUUACGGCAAGCGCCUCUCCCGCCGCAGCAUCGAAAAGCUGGUGAAGGGGUAUGCGGCCCGAGCGGGCCUUCGCGACGGCGUCCACACCCACACUCUGCGCCAUACCUUUGCCAGCCACAUGCUGGAGGGUGAGGCCGACCUGCGGGUAAUCCAGGAACUGCUGGGCCACUCCAGCCCCACCACGACCCAAAUUUACACCCACAUAACCAAGCAGGAAGCGAAGAACGCCUACCUCAGUUUCCACCCCCGGGCCGGCAAGGAGUAG